AGUCGAAGGACCCCUGACAGCUCUAAAAACAGAACGCGGGGUUUCCUCGUAAAUCAAAGCCAAACGGGAACAUUUCGACAAAUGUGCGGAACUAACGCUCCGCCGGCGCUGAUGCAGAAGAGAGAAGAUUUCCCCUGAGCUGGUGAAAAAAGUCGCGGACUUAACGCAGGAAGCUAACGGCUAACAGCGGCUACAGCUGCGCAGUUUCGUUUCACAGGAAACUCCCACACCGACUCGGAGCAGCCCGGUCUGUUUACUUCACCUGGAGGGGCUGACCUGCUGCUCGCCACAAGAGCCACAAUGAAGAGAAGAGCCGAAGCAACAUCAGCACCACUGAAGGAGACAAAGAUCAGCCGGGAUGACAGCAGCUCAGAUGAGGAGUCACAACUGUCCAGACAAGACUCGAGCCAAAAUGAGUCCCUCAGUGACCAGGAGGAUCACAGACCAAGCUUCUCCAUGCCCUCCAUAUCGUCUUUUGAUGGACCAGACGCAGACACCCCCGCAGAGGACGCCGCCUCCAAGUUCUCCAUGUACAACAGUGUGUCACAGAAGCUCAUGGCAAGGAUGGGUUUCCGUGAGGGUGAGGGUCUGGGGAAGUUUGGCCAGGGACGCAAGGAAAUUGUGGAGGCCUCCAACCAGCGAGGUCGAAGGGGUCUCGGUCUCACACUGCAGGGCUUUCAGGGGGAGCUCAGCGUCGACUGGCGUGAUGAAUCCGAGCCCAGUGCUGUAGAGAAGGUAGACUGGUUCCCUGAAUGCACCACAGAGAUCCCAGAUGCUGAUGAGCUGAGGGACUGGAUGAUUCUGGGACAGAGGAAACUGAAGAUUGAGGAUGAGACAGAGUUUUGCACUGAAGAUCUUCUGCACACGGUUCUAAGGUGCAAGUCAGUGUUUGAUGACCUGGAGGGCGAGGAGAUGAGGAGAGCUCGCACUCGCUCCAACGCUUACGAGACGAUCAGAGGAGGCGUCUUCCUCAACAGAGCAGCUAUGAAAAUGGCGAACCUCGACCACUGUUUCGACCAUAUGUUCACCAACCCAAAGGAUUCAAAAGGGGCGCCUCUGACAAAGGACCGUGAGGGUGAGCUUCUGUACUUUGGGGAUGUCUGUGCGGGUCCUGGAGGCUUUUCGGAGUACAUCCUGUGGAGGAGACACUGGCACGCCAAGGGCUUUGGUAUGACCCUGAAAGGACCCUGCGACUUCAAACUAGAAGAUUUCUACGCGGCAUCGAGUGAGCUGUUUGAGCCGUACUACGGUGAGGGAGGGGUGGACGGAGAUGGUGACAUCACUCGGCCAGAAAACAUGACGGCCUUUCGAAACUUUGUGCUUGAGAGCACGGAGAGAAGAGGACUGCACUUUCUCAUGGCAGAUGGGGGUUUCUCUGUGGAAGGUCAGGAAAACAUCCAGGAGAUCCUGAGCAAACAGCUGCUUCUCUGUCAGUUCCUUACUGCCCUCUCGACACUCAGGACAGGUGGCCACUUUGUGUGCAAGACCUUUGACCUCUUCACUCCCUUCAGUGUGGGUUUGGUUUACCUGCUCUACCUCUGCUUCGACAGGAUCUCUCUCUUCAAACCUGUCACCAGCAGACCUGCCAACUCCGAAAGGUACAUAGUGUGCCGCGGUCUGAAGCCCGGUUCCGAGGCCGUCAGAGAAUACAUGUUCAGAGUCAACCUGAAGCUGAACCAGCUGAGGAACACGGAGAGGGACGUCACAGAUGUGGUUCCGCUGAGCAUCAUCAAGGAAGACACGGAUUUCUAUCAGUUCAUGGUCAACUCCAACGAGAGACUCUGCGUUGUCCAGAUCAAGGCCUUGGCCAAGAUCCACGCUUUCGUCGUAGACCCGGCCCUUUCGGAGCCGCGGCAGGCCAACAUCAGGAAGGAGUGUCUGAAACUCUGGGGGGUCCCGGACAAGGCCAGGGUCACUCCUGUUUUCUCAGAACCAAAGUACAAAUUUUCUGAACUAAUCAAGGGAUCCGACAUGGAGUCGUUCCAGUGCAAGCUCACGCCUCUCAACUCCACCACACUCGAUAAGCUGCGUCAUGUAAUGGACCACAGGUGCAUUGUGGGAGGUGGAGAGCAGAUCUUUCUUCUAGCACUCGGGAAGUCUCAGAUUUACACGUGGGACGGCAAGAUGCCGGUGCGCUGGAGGAAACUGGAGAACUUCAAGCUGGAGCUGCCCAGAGACACGCUCCUCAGCGUGGAAAUCGUCCAAGAGCUGAAGGGAGAGGGAAAAGCUCAGCGAAGAAUCAACGCAGUGCAUGUAAUGGACGCACUAAUACUCAACGGCACCGAUGUGAGAGAUCAGCACUUCAACCAGCGGAUCCGGAUGGCUGAGAAGUUUGUGAAGGCGGUGGCCAAACCGAGCAGACCAGACAUGAACCCUAUCAGAGUGAAGGAGGUCUACAGGUUGGAGGAAAUGGAGAAAAUCUUUGUCAGACUGGAGAUGAAGAUAACAAAGAGUUCCGGAGGAGUCCCCCGUCUGUCUUACACCGGAAGAGACGACCGACACUUCCUCCCCACAGGCCUCUAUAUCAUCAAGACCAUCAGUGAGCCGUGGACGUUCGCGUACAGUAAGAACUCCAAGAUGAAGUUCUUCUACAAUAAGUUAACCAAGGAGUCCACCUACGUAAUGCCGCCAAACUGUCCUGCUCCCUUCCACGUCUGCCACUCUGAGCGUCUCUUCUGGGCCUGGGUGGACGGGGUCAUAGUUCACGAUUCUCAGACCCGCGUGGAUCAUGGAAAAUUGUCCAAAGACGACGUUCUGUCCUUCAUCCACCAGAACUACCAGCCCUGAAACCUUCACGGAGCCCAGCAGCUUCACCAGCUUAAGACCUGAACACAGAUCCAUAGAUCAUGGCGAACAUAGAGCACUCAGAAAAUAUACUGAACAGCUGAAUGAAAUUGUGUUUUUUAUUGUUCAUAUCUGCUGUUUGACGGGUUUCAAAGUAUUUUCAAGGUGAUUGACGCUUAGAGGAAUAAUGACCAGGUUGUAACUGGGGGUUUCUUGAGCUGAAAGCAACGUGUCUUUCGCUGCUAUUUUCUGGCAGUGACAUCUGGACGUUUGACAAACCGCUCUCGUCUUCUGCCUUUUCCUCCGCCCUCGGCUCUCUGAAUUGUAAUGAAUAAGACUCACCACACGGGGCAGCAGGAGGACAAAAAGUUGCUGCCGUUGUGUCCACAUUGAAUUGCAUGUCCCUGUAGAUCUGUUUUCUUUUGUCUGUUUUUUUUAUUGGUUCCUAGUCCAUGCUUGUGUGUAUUUUUGCACACAUCUCACUAACAAUGAUAGACUGGGUUACACAUUUUUUAACUAUGCAUCCAUGUGUACAAGCGCCUUCUUGCUUGCUUUUUCCAACAUCUGACGAACUUCUGGUUUUCCCAGUCUCACAAAUGCAGCAAACAUCCAUGUUCUCGAUCAUCCUCAGUCAGAGGUUGUAGCAGCUUCUCCUCCAUCCAUCCCUGACCUAUCAUGUGUGCUAAACACCUGGAAGGUGACUUAGUUUUUAAGCUUGUUUUUUCCUCUGGGACUUUGUUGUGAUUGUGUCGGACUUUUGCCUGCCGACUGCGUUGUUCUGGCUUAGAUGCUGCAAAUGACUAGUAUUUUUUAUUUUUUUGCUUAAGUUUAGCUGUCAGCCAUUUGAUGUAAAUAACGAUAUGAGGGAAUAAAUGGGAGAUGCUCAACCCCAGAACAUGCUCUCAA